AUGUUCAAAAAAAUUCUUGCAAGUCUAGAAGAUCCUAACAGACCGCUCCUCGGUCCAAACUACUGGCUUCUUACAACAAUGGCACUAAUUCUGCCAGAAAAUUUUAAGUAUAAAGUGUUUCGCAUAGUGAUACAUGAAAUGGGAUGUCUAUUUGUUACCACACAAUUUAUGGAACUUUUCGUAAUAGGAUGGGACUUAGAUCUCCUUAUAACUAAUUUGAAGUAUUCGAUGCUUAGUAUCAUUUGUACUGUCAAAGCUAACACUUUUAUUUUUUGGCAAGAACAUUGGAGGGAUUUAGCAAAUUACAUUAGCGAAGCUGAUAAACACGAAAGAAACAACAAAGACGAUGCCAGGAGCAAAAUUAUCGAUUCAUAUACAAAAUAUUGCCGCUGGAUAACGUAUUUAUACUGUUCGCUAGUUUUCAUGACAUUUCUUACUGUUGUAACGAAUCCUUUAAUACAAUAUUGGUCAUCAUCGGCAUCAUAUCGCAAAGCUGUUAAUAAUGGAACCGAACCGUUUCCACACAUCUAUAGCUCUUGGACACCUUUCGACAAAUACACCUCACCAGGUACAUGGAUACAAGUUUCACUUCAGAUUGCCGUUUCUGUGUAUGGUAGUUCGGUUAUGGCCGCUUACGAUUCGACAGUAAUUGUUUUUAUGGUGUUCUUUGGAGGAAAACUAGAAUUGUUGCGAGAGAGAUGUAAGCAAAUGUUUAACGACAUCGUAUCUGGUGUCAGUGAAGAGGAUGCCACUAAAAUAAUUCAGGAGUUGCACAGCAUGCACGUUCUACUUAUAAAAUAUUCGAAAUUGUUUAACUCUCUAUUAUCCCCGGUAAUGUUUUUAUAUGUUUUGGUGGUAACAUUUAUGCUAUGUACAACUGCGUUUCAAAUGACGGAAUUGACCAGUGCUUUCCAAAAACUCCUAAUGGCGGAAUAUUUGAUUUUCGGAGUAACUCAAGUGUUUAUGUUUUGCUGGCACAGUAACGAUGUUCUAGAAAAAAAUUAUCAAGUUGCGAUGGGCCCGUAUGAGAGUAAAUGGUGGGCUGCAAAUGUUAGUGCCAAACAACGAAAAAGUAUGGUACUUCUGGCGGGACAGUUAAGCCUGGUCUGUUUUCUAAGUGCUAGUGCCACUGCUAUGGAUAACCAAAAUUCUCCCGAGAGGAGUGUACCGAUACAAUAUGUGCGUGCAUCACGAGCUUUUCGCCAAUUCAAGAAUCCGCCGCAACCUCAUAUGUGUAUACAGGAUACAAUAAAGGACACCUCGGAGAAACUGUUCAUAAAUGUACUAGGAUGGCAGAAAAUAGCCAAUCCUAAACAGUAUUCAGACCCUAUACCAUUGUAUGGAGGCAUGCAGGUACAUCAAGGGUGUGGUCUCAAUAGUAAUCGUCCACCGUUAUUAGUGUUUGCUGUAAUGGUGAAUCCUGAUAUCCUCAAGGCUAACGGAAAGAAUGCUUCUAACCCAACGGAUCGUGAAGCCCUGGUGAGCUUGCUGUGUGACUUUGUGGAGGCUAUGAACCCUGGGCUGGCUUUAACAAGGAACCCAGUUAUUCUGAAGGAUAGGGACCUUGCUGGAGAGCUGAAGGAUGUCUGGCUUGCUGUACAAACCAAGAGAGAACGGGAGAAAGGGCUAAAUCAAGAUGUAAUGUAUAAGGUAUAUGACAUUGACGGAAUAGGCUGUGAAGACCCAAAUGAUGAUGAACAAACAAAUGGCAGAAACAAACAAUACGACAAUAACUCCCCAAAUAGACCACAAAAUUGCGAAAAAAGGAAAUAUCCAGUGAAAUCUUCCAAACAAAUACUCAAAAAUGCAGGACAAAAGUCAGAAUUUGACUCUGGCAUGAACAAUUGCCAAUUAAACCAGAAUAAUUUGAAUAGAGAUAAUCGUUGUGGUAAUACAGAUCAAGACACUACUUACUGUACCCCAGUGUAUGGUCAGAUAGUAUCAACUAGAGAAAAUCAUAAUGAAAUCAAUGAAAUACAACAGAAAUUUGCAACGAACGAGAGUGUUAAGCCGUCUAGUUCAUAUAGGAAUGACUGGCAACCUUGCAAACAAACACAAGGGAUGUUGGAGGAAGCAUGGGAUGAGGUUUCAAAUAAAGACAUAUCGUCAAAACCUGACGGUGAUGUGAAAACACAAAAUUGGGAUGACUAUUCUAUACAAAAUAUGAAUAUGAAACAAAAUGAGGGUGAAAUAAAGAAACAGAAAUCGAAAACAGAGAAAACGAAGCCAGUUACAAACGGAAAAUCACAUUUUGACUUCUACCCAGUGUUCGACAAUAAGACAGUUGUCACGGAAACUUCUGAUAACGCAACGGGAAGGCUAAAAGAGCAGAAUAAAGAUAAAAGUGAUGAUGACAAUUCUAAAAUAAUUAUAGACCCAAUGCAGAAGUUAGUUCUGCAUUCGACUGAUAACAAAAUAUGUGAUAAUAAAACAAGUGCUCUCAGUUCGUAUAGCUCGUAAUCUCAUAGCUUUUACACAGUUUUUUAUGGCGGUCAGUCCGAACCGACAGUCGGUUAUUACUGUCACAUGGGGCUUAACACCUACGCCUCGGGUUAAUGUCCAUCCAGUACUAAAGCACCACUCGUCUGCGAGGCUAGUGUAAAGCACCUGUCAAAAAAUUUUUGUUGUCCUGCUAGAUGAAAGACCCAAGCCUCACCUAGAGUAGAUUGUAAUGAAAGGAAACACGUUACACUGCCGACUCGAGCAUUGUACCUAUUAUAAGAAUUUCUCAUGUGGUCGAGGAGCAUUUAAGUCUCUCUUAAAUAAAGGCAAAGACUACAUUAGAUCGCGAGGCGACUAAGGAUAUUAGGGAAAGAAAUAUUUAACCGACUUCUCAGGUAAAUAUUAAAAGAGAAAUUUGAUUCUUUUACAGCGAUGAAAAAAACGCGUUAAGCCAUUUUCGUCGAUCGAUAGAUCAUUUUUAAGAGCUAUAGGGUUGACCUUCGGAUACAAAUUUUCAUUGGCAAUUUGCAUGAUCCGGAACAUAUUUGAACUGUAUCCCAAAUGAUAGGUUUUAAACAUCGACUGGUGAAUUCAUUAGUCGAUAUAUAAAACUUGGGGAUCCCCCGCGUUAUUUAUAUAACUAAUUAAACCGCUGUUGUUCAAAAGUUAGAGGUGUUCGCUUUCUGCUAGUUUAAGAGCGCCAUCUAGUGACAAAGCUGUUUCCCAGUAUUGUAAAUAAGUAGAUGGCGCUCUUCCGAUAUCAUAUCAAUACGUAACUUUCACUCGAUCGAAUAAGUAAACGUAGGUAGAAAAUCUCUCACUUUGCACUCAGUACCUACUAGAGAAAGCAUGACUACACGAUAUGGUAGUAUAAAUAAAUGUGUAAUGGAGUUUUGUUUGUCUGCGUUUACUCACAAUAUUUAUAGUCUCCCAGUUGCGUUGCAAAUCGCGUCUGAUGUAGCCUUAGCCUAAUGCGGAAUCUCGGCCGGAAUGUCCCGCAAUGCGUUUAUGCGAUAUCAGAGUAUCGAUAGCAUUAUAACAAUAAACUAAUAAUAUAAUUUCGACCGUAUUGCAAUGUCCUGAUGGGACUUCAUGGUCAUAUACCUAUCUAAAACUAAACAAUUAAGCAAUAAAUAAAUAACGGAUUACCUAGAGUGGGGAAAAACCUGUGCCCUUAAAGGCCCUAAGUACAUAUAGUAUAGCAAAAACGGUGUAGUGCGAUGCUAUAACAUGCGAUACUGCAAAAAUAACAGAUAAUACAAUUUUGGCAUACUCGGGAUAUAUUUCGACCGGAAUUUUGCACGUCUGAGAGAGCGUUUAACUUUAUUAAAAUAGUAUUAUUGAAUGUUUGUUAUAUAGAUUAUAGAGAUAGUUUACAAAGAAGCAAAUGAUACAAAUGUUUUUUUUAAAUGUGCAAUGAUAACCCCUUUUUUAAUUGAGCCAAAGUUAUAUCCAAUUUAUUUUAAUUUACUAAGGAUUUAUAUCAGUUCCCCAACAAAUUACAUUAUGCAUGAUAUUUGUUAAACAAAGUGCUAUCUACUUUAAAAUUAAUUAUAUUUUUACGCGCUUGUAGAGUGAAUACCAAACUAAUGCCCGUUUUCCUAACGAUUUACAUUUCACCAAUCGAUUUUCACUAGGCCACUCAUAGCACCAAACCUGUCAAUGGUUCUUGUCUUGGAAUUUGUAUUUUUGUAAUCUGACAGAUGUCAGUUUAAAACUAAACUAACUAACUAAACUUUACUAUCCGCCGAAUCGGUGUAGUAACUUUGUCCUCUGGGAAUCUGCUAACUCGCGAGGUGUCCGCUUAAGGCCAUUCCUAGGUUUAGUGAAAACGGGCAUAAGGCCUGCCUGCGUCCUCAGUGGCGUGAAUGUUAGUGUCCAACUUUCGAACAUCACAACGCGCUUGCUCUAAUCAGCGCUCCUUUUGGUUACAUGCACUGUUGUUGUCUGUAUAAAAUUAGAUGCAAAGUCAAAAUGGAUGCGAUUAUUGCGGCUAUCGCGUUUUAGUUGCGACUGUCGCGAGAUAAAACGUUGUUUUGCUCAUAAAAUUUAGAUUUAUUUAACGAAUUUUUUAUAGUUUGGAUGUAGUUUUGGCUUAGACUUUAUAAUUAUUGUAUUAUAAAAUAUAUAAAUAAUAUAUUUUUUUAAAUUUUUUCAUCGUAAUUAAUUCAGUUUUUAUUAUACAUUUUAUUGGUACUUUAUGAUAACGUACAUCUUUUGAGCAAGUAGGUAGGAAUUUAAAUGUUAUUCUAUUUUAAAUAAAAUCAACGAAUAUAUUAUUGUAAAUGUUGAUUGUAACAACAACUGGCGUAACAAUAGAAACACGUCAAAGGCCAGAAGGCUCCUUGCCACGUCAUUUGUUAAUGUGGCAUAUUAUUAUGUAAAUAAUAAUAAUAAUUUUAACUUGAAUUAAAAACCUAUAACAAACUCAACGAUGUCAUUGGUUGUAGUUGCCGAAGUUCUCUAUUGUUACUUCAUUUGUAUAAACUCAUUAUAUUCGGAAACAAAUAAUGAAUGUUUUUAACUCGGACCACAAAGUGUUAUAACAAUUUUGCUCAUAUUAAAAUAUAGCGUUUAAAGUUUUCGCAAGUGGUAUUUCAUGAUAAUAAGAGUAUAUAACAUGGAUGAAAUCAAGUCCUACGAAGCCUUUGUUAUACGCCGUGUGACGCCGUGUCCGUCAAGUUUCAACCGUGUUAUAUCCUUUUUUUCAUUUUAUUGUUUUUUACGUACCCCUCACAAUGGAUUUUUAAAUAUCUUCAAUAUUAAUGGCGAUAGAUUUUUCGUAUGUAUAAGUUAAUAGUAUAUAAACAGUAGAGUUCAAAAGCGUGAACUGAUUUAAAUAUAAUAUUCUAAAUAGUAUUAUUAAAUUCCUCACUCAUGUCAGUUAAGUGAGCCAGAGGUAACGUCACAUAAAUAUUAUAAUAUUUUUGUUGCCAAUGCAAAAUCGUAUGAAGACUUGUGCGUUUAUAAAUCUGUCGCUAUUGAUAUUGAGUAUUAGGUUUGUUGAGUAACGAAUGAGUACUUAUUCUUAAAAAACUUAUUCUAUUGUAAUUCGUUCUCUUAGCAUUUCAUAUGUCUAAAUGUUAAUAUUUUGUGCAUAUUUUUUGAACUGGUACAUUUUAAUGUUUAGAUUUAGUUUCAUAUAGUAAUUGAUAGAACAAAAAUAUUUCUGAUUUUUAGCUAUAGAUCUUAAUCAGCAUAGGCAUAAAGUCAGUAAUUAUGUUCCUUGCUAUGAAAAGAUUUUUCUUUGUGACUAGAUUUAAUGAUUUGAUUUUUAGCCGAUAUAACUAUGUACCUAGUCUUUAUAUUUGCAAUAUUCUAUUAUGUAUGACAAUAGCAUUUAUUCAUUUAUUUAUAUAAUAAAGUAUUGCUUUUAUGCUGAAGCUACAUUUCAACACGACGCAACAGUCGCGGUUUGAAUAAGAACCACAUCGCCGUUCUUGCGUGUAAUGUAGCAUUAAUGUUAAAGAUUUGUAUUAUUUGAAUGCAAUAAUUUUAAUAUUGUCGGAAAUAUAGUUAGUGUCUGCUAAUCUGAAGCCCCUAGAACAUGUCAAUAAAGUGGUAUUUAUAUAAAGGAAUUAAAAUAUCGGAUCUCUUGUUUACCUACAGUAUUUAAAAUUACAUGUCAUUUACAAGACUG